UCCACAUCAUCGCUGAUGCAGUAACAGCAGUUCAGUUAGUUUACUGUUAUCGACGCUGUUUGUGAGACAGGGAGUGAUGCCAGACCGCAGGAAAGGUACCUCAAGAGGUUCAAGCGCUUCAGCCGAUACCGGCGGCCAUCAGCGCUCUUCCAUGGCAGGCGGCGGAGACAGUGCAGAGCAGCAGGUGUGCCUGGUGCAUCUCGACCUCGGCGUCGGCGGAGCCGAGCGGCUGAUGGUGGACGUGGGCCUGGCGCUGCGGUCCAAGGGAAACCCCGUCCACAUUGUCACCACGCACCACGACCCGAACCACUGCUUUCCCGAGACGCUCGGUGACCAGUUCAAGGUGGUGGUGGUGGGUGACUGGCUGCCCCGGUCGAUACUGGGACGUUUCUACGCUCUGUGCUCGUACUUGCGUAUGAUGGUGGCUGCCCUCUACGUGGUUUGGUUCAGCGACAUUCAGCCCGACGUCAUCAUAUGUGACCAGGUGUCCGUGUGCGUGCCUAUUCUCCGGCUGUGUCGCAAUGCCCGGGUCGUGUUCUAUUGCCACUUCCCCGACCUGAUGCUUUCGAAACCAGGUGGCCUGCUGAAGCGAAUCUACCGGUGGCCAAUCAAUGCACUCGAGCAGUGGAGCACGGGGUUUGCAGAUUCUGUGCUCGUCAACAGCCACUUCACUGGGCGGGUGUUCCGAGAAGUGUUCCCCCGGCUGGCCGACGUGCAGCUGCGCGUCCUCUACCCGGCGGCGAGCCUCUCGGCCGUGGAGCGCCCCCUGGAGGGAACUCUGGCGGAACUGGGCAUCGACAAGCCCCAGGGGGCUCUCUUCCUCUCGCUGAAUCGUUUCGAGCGAAAGAAGAACCUUGCCUUGGCAUUACGCGCUGUCGAGCUGGCCUCGCGCGAGAUUCCGGUGCACCUGAUCAUGGCCGGCGGCUACGACCCCGAGUGCCGCGAGAAUGUCGAGCACUGGGACGAGCUCGCGUCCCUCGCCGAGCAGCUGGGCGUGCAGCAGCGGGUCAGCUUCGUGCGGUCGCCCAGCGAGUCGGCGAAGCUGCUCCUGCUGCACGCGUGCCGUGCCGUGGUCUACACGCCGGCCAACGAGCACUUCGGCAUCGUGCCCGUCGAGGCCAUGUGCAUGCGGCGCGCCGUGGUGGCCUGCAACAGCGGCGGACCCACCGAGACUGUGGUGCACGGCGAGACGGGCCUGCUGUGCGACCCGACGCCCGAGGCGUUCGCCGCCGCCCUCGUGCGGUUGGCGCGAGACCGCAGCCUGACGCAGGAGAUGGGCGAGCGCGGCCGGGAGCGCGCCGAGCAGCUAUUCUCUUGGCAGCGUUUCGUGCGCGAGGUGCACGAGGUGGCCUUCGAGGACAGCAAGGACAAGCAUCGGUAACGACCGACCCCCGUGCGUCACACUUCUUGUCCCGGCGUUCUGAGUGUUCAUUGGUGUUCUUGAGUAACGGCUGUAACGUGGCAGAUAAAACGGCACCGAAGGGCUACUCGAUAAAGCAGGGAAAUCGCGUCCGCUUUGUAGAAACAGAUGUCGUUUCCAACUAAGUGUGGUUUUUUUCGCCCACCAUUUGAAAGCCACCUUGACUCUUUUCUCCUAAUUCUUAUUACAGACUGUAACUUGCACUGCAGACCAUGGUUGUUUCACAGCAUAUCAACCGUGGAAAUUGACUCAGCAGUCCUGCCUACUCUUUUUGUCUGCAUAUAACGCUGUUACGUUUUCAGUCUAAUAUUAAGCGUUUGGGUAAGAUCAGUGCCCACUGAAAUAAGCCCAAGCGAAAGAACAAUUUUGUCUAAGUGCAACUUGUAGCUCCUAGUCAGCACUAGUGCACAGUCCUCAAGUUUUCCUGUCCUUUAGGGCCGUUUUAUCUCCUUCCAUAUGAUUGUGAUACAACCAGCCCAAAACGUUUAUUCCUUGGUUGUUGUAGAUACCUUUCAUAAUUGCAGAGCUGGUUUGCUGAGGCCGUAUCCUAGAUUGGUCACUCUAGAUUGACCCAUCAAAGUACGGCUUCAGUUCAUGGAACGACAAAUUCAGCAAACAACGACAGGAUAGGAAUGGGGAGAAUAUGCCUGCCCGUAAGCAUUGCCACUUCUGCUGACAAAAAAAAGGGGGGGGGGGGGGGGGGGAAAAGUGCCUACAAAAGAAAAGUUGUUUCUAGCUUAAAAAAAAGGGGGGGGGGGGGACAUGGUGACUUUGCUUGUGCACUUGAAUUUCUAUGUAUGUUAUUUAUCAACACAUUGAUUAAACAUUCAUUUGCUAGUCAGAAGUGAGUGUUUUUUUUUUUCUGUUGGCCUCGUCCGUGUUGCCCACUGAAUUUGUUGCAUCGUGAAAUCUCUUGGCUUUGGGUCAGCAUAACCCUAAAACGGAGGCUUACUACUUGGUGCCUUGUUCACUAAAAAACGAAAAAGUUCCUUUUAAGCAUUCCCCUUUGAGCCGCAUAUAGGUUCAGUUUUGAGCCACUUUUGUAAUUGAUGCAACUCUUUACUAGAGAGCUUCUGGAAGUUUCUUGUAUUGCCUUGUCUACGAAUGCAUUACUUGUCUUUUAAUUGCUCAGAGGAUUUGAAUGUGCUCUAAAAGCAUUUUGUGGUGGGCUGAAUCGAUCAUAGUGGCUGGCCGGGGGCCUUGCAACCAACGAUGGACUGCAUUUUAUGGUACUAUACUGCCAAGAAAUCCGACAGCCAUAAAGUGGAAAAAAAAAGUGCCGCAGGUGGCUUAUAUUCAGGUGCAGAAACAAAACAUUAACAAUUAGCUCAUUCAUUCCUUCUGUGUGCUGCCGUGCUGGUGUGCCCAAGUGAGAGAGUGUAUAGAGUGUUAUUUAAAUGUGCCGAUUGUUGUGAGCCGACCAAACAGUGUUUCGUUUCUCCGUGCUUUCAAAUUGAGGGUUUUUACGGCCAUCUUCAUUCUUUGCCACGAGUUUUGCGCUCACAAGUGUGCUCACAUCAUAUCUUCUUAGCUUGGUGCCUUGUGUGUGGCAUGCAAAAGGCCUCGUGCGAGCCGGUGCUUUAUAUGUACAGGAUGAAAGGCAGUGAAAGACUUAAUAAAGUGUUGUUAUGCCACUUC